UUCCCUGCCUGGCUACCUUUGUUGGAUGUACUGCUGAGUGGCUGUGGACGCGAGGUUUGAAGGGCGGGAAUAAGACACUACGGACGGGCUUUCAAUUAUUUAUUUAUUUUCUUUUUUCCCGUGAAUGAACGGAUGAAUGGAUUCGGCGUGUUUCUCCAACGCCCAACGUUUGUCCUGCCACAUCAUGAACCCGGAUUUACUGAAAGCCAGCCACCACCAGCGGCUACAAAGCGCCCCGGCGGCCAAGGCGAACCGGGGGGGCAAGUCGGAGCAGAACCGAUCCGAGUCGGCGCAUGUCAAACCCGAACUGGCCCACAUCGUGAAGGACGCCAAAAGCGGACGCUCGUACUGCAAAGGGAAGCUGCUGGGAAAGGGUGGUUUUGCGAGAUGCUAUGAAAUGACGGACCUUACCAGCAACAAGUCGUAUGCUGUGAAGGUUAUACCGCAAAGCAGAGUGUCGAAACCUCACCAAAGGGAAAAGAUUACAAAUGAAAUUGAGCUCCACAAGACCCUGCAUCACAAGCAUGUGGUGAAGUUCUCGCAUCAUUUUGAAGACAAUGACAAUAUUUACAUCUUCCUGGAGCUGUGCAGUAGGAAGUCCUUGGCACAUAUCUGGAAAGCUCGACACACGCUGACGGACCCUGAAGUGCGCUAUUACCUCCGGCAGAUCAUAUCGGGGUUGAAGUACCUCCACAACAAAGGCAUCCUCCACAGAGACCUCAAAUUAGGCAAUUUCUUUGUGAAUGAGAAUAUGGAGUUGAGGCUGGGGGAUUUUGGGCUGGCGGCCAAGCUGGAGCCUGUGGAGCAGAGGAAGAAGACAAUCUGUGGCACUCCGAACUAUCUUGCACCUGAAGUGUUGAACAGACAAGGACACGGACCGGAGGCUGACGUGUGGUCACUCGGCUGUGUGAUGUACACGCUACUGUGUGGCAAUCCACCCUUCGAGACCCUGGAUCUGAAGGAGACCUACAGGUGUAUCAAAGAGGUCCGGUACACCUUGCCCACGUCUCUCACUCCAGCUGCCCAGAAGCUAAUUUCUGGAAUACUGCAGAGGAACCCUUCUGACCGCCUCACUUUGGACCAGAUCCUCAACCAUGAGUUCUUCACCAAGGGCUUCACCCCAGAGAAACUGCCUCCAAGUAGUUGUGUGAUGGUGCCAGAGCUCAACCCACCAAGUCCAGCCAAGAAGUUCUUCACUAAGAUGGCCAAAAGUCUGUUUGGAAAGAAGAAAUCUAAAGUGGAGAAGGUCCCUUGCGAAGAGCGAGAUGACAUUUCCAAGCUGGUGACAGGUCUUGUUAAGAGCUCAAUUGGCCGUCAGAUGAGCUACAAAACUGUGGAGGGCAACGAGGCUACCUCACCCAGUGGUCCACAUCCCACCAACAGCCCAGUGAACACUCAGGCAGAGGAAGAGUCAAGGAAAUCCACCUCGCGCUCUUUCAAAGGCACCGUGGCCAGCUGUACUGAAGCUUGUGAAGAUGCCCUCACCCCUGCCAUGGUGGCUGAGUCAGCCAUUAAAGUUCUCAACAGCUGUUUGUCCUCGAUGCCUGCAGCUUCUACAAAUCCACCCUGCCUCACCAGGCCCAAACCCUUUGUCUGGGUCACGAAAUGGGUCGACUACUCAAACAAGUAUGGCUUUGGCUACCAGCUGUCCAACCAGGACAUCGGUGUGUUAUUCAACGAGGGCACCCACCUGAGUUUGUGUGACCAACGCAAGACUGUCCGUUACUUCCUGAGGAGCAACAAGGAGUACACUUUCCAGGUAUCAGCUGUACCAGAGCAGCUGCGAGCCCAGAUGCAGAUUGUGGAGUACAUGGCCACUUACAUGGAGCAGAAUCUAAUGGAGGGUGGAGAUCUUCAGUGUGUGGACCAUACUGCUCCCUCACCUUUGCUGUUGCAGUGGGUCAAGACUGACCAUGCCCUAGUCAUGCUCUUCAGCAAUGGCACCCUACAGGUGAAUUUCUACACAGACCACACCAAAAUCAUCUUGUGUAAGAGUGGUGACUCCUACCUCUUGACCUACAUCAGUCAGGAACGCGUCUCCUCGUCAUAUGAUCUGAGUACGCUGGCUGAGCAGGGCUGCUCCACCGAGCUGUGCUACCGCCUGCGCUAUGUCCUCCAGCUGCUGCAGCACCACGCUCGCUCCUAAGCAGCACCUCACCAAAACUUAGACUCGGCCAAUGAGUAAAGAUGAGCUGCUUCCUGCUUCCAUUGUGGAGCGAAUUUGACUCCACCACUUUGGAGUCUCUUUGGCUAGUGUCUGGCCUCUUUGGACUAUGGUGCACAGUUUUGUUUUUUUUCUUUUUUUAAUGAACCUAAAGCUAACUGCAAUAUCACACUACUGGCUUCACUCAUCCGCACAUAACUUGACCCUGAUCCUUCAGCGCAGGCCUGCUGUACUGACUGUUGGGCGUCAUGGUGAGAAAUGACUGUGACCCCACACCCCCCCCCCCCCCCAAAAAAAAAAAAUGUGCAGAGGGAUUUUUGUUGUGCUUUAAAAAUCACUCGAGUUUAAAGCACUGUUUUUAGUGAGAAUUAAAUUUCACUCAACGGCAUACACCAGGAAAGAAGGGGCUAGGUAAGAGGCUCGAUGUAACACAAUUUGCACUAUGAAUUGGUUAUUCGUGAGGCAGACUUCCUUUUAUCACACAAUGCAGCGUUUUAUUUUUUUAGCUAUAGAUACCAAAAGGUCAUUCUUUUUUUAAACCUCAAGGAGACGCAUGUGCGUGUGAGAUCAACCGCUUAAUGUGGUUCCAAAAUUCAUACAGUGAGAAGUUUGGAGGUGCAAAGUGCCUUUUGGAGGGAAGUCUGGACUGUGCAAUAAUUGCCUUGUCUGAAUCGCAAAAGCUGCAAACAAAGGAAGUGGGAGGAGCCUGGUUUUUUUUCUUUUUUUGGGUACUUCCCGUUUUUUGUUUUCGUUGACCUGAAAAACCAACAAAGCAGCAUCACACUGCCUUGUGAAGUGCUCCUGGCUCUUAAGAGCAGACAUCUGUGUCAUUUGGAAAGUUUGGUAAAAUGUUUUUGCUCUUACAGUUGAAAACAACACAUUUUUUGCUUCCUCUGCCCUGAAAUCAUGUCUUUGUAUACUACGACCUUGAAUAAGUCAAGUGUUAAGUGUUAAAUUAUCAAGUGUUGUCAGUCAAGAAGUUCAGAGCCCUUUCACAAUUUAUUUAUUUUUGGUGGCACAUCGUCUUUAAAUAUUUAUUUUUUAAUUUAUACUUUGUAUGUUGCUUGUGUGUGUUUGUGUCGUUGAAACCAGGGGAGAUGUUCAAUAUGGUCACAUGUGUUGCAGAUAAAAAAAAAAAAAUAAAAUUUAUUGAGAAUU